AGUGAAAGUGACAGUGACAGCAACAGUGACAGUGAAAUUGAUAGUGACAGUGAUAGUGAAAGUGACAGGGACAGUGACGGUAAAUGUGACAGCGGCAGUGGCAGUGGUAGUGGCAGUAGCAGUGAAAGUGACAGUGACAGUGACAGUGACUGUGAAAGUGACAGUGAAAGUGGCAAUAGCAAUGAUAUUGACUGUAACAGUGACAGUGACAGUGAAAGUGACUGUGAAAGUGAAAGUGAAAGCAACGGUGACAGGGACAUGAACAAGCACAGUGACAGGAACAGUGACAGUGGCAGUGGCAUCGACAGUGAAAGUGAAAAUGACAGUAACGGUGACAGUGAAAGUGCGGUAAUAGUGGAGAUGACAGUGACAGCUAAAGUGACAAUAAAAGAGAUAGUAACAGUGAAAGUGCAAUAGCAGUGAAAGUGACAGUGACAGUGAAAGUGUCAGUGAAAUUUACGGUGACAAUGAUGGUGUGUCAGUGACAGAAACAGUGACAAUGAAAUUGAUAGUGACAGUGAUAGUGAAAGUCACAGGGACAGUGACAGUGACAGUGACAAUGAAUGUGACAGCGGCAGUGGUAGUGAUAGUGGUAGUAGCAGUGAAAGUAACAGUGAAAGUGACAGUGGAAGUGGUAGUAGUAGUGAAAGUGACAUUGAGGGGGAGGGGGAGGGGGAGGGGACGGGGACGGGGACGGGGACGGGGACGGGACGGGGACGGGGACGGGGACGGGGACGGGGACGGGGACGGGGACGGGGACGGUGA